AUGGCUGACUUCGAUGCAAUAUACCCAGAUGAGACUGAAAGUGAGGAAAAUAUAGAAGAAACACAUGUGACGUUAGUGCCUGACCCGAUCGUCGUUCGUGGAGCUGGUAACAUGACAGUUUUUGGUUUAAGCAAUCGCUUCAACAAUGAGUUCCCAUCGGGUCUUCAGUCUCGAGUAGCUCCUGAGGAAUAUCAGGCAACUAUAGCUCGAAUUAACAGUGUGUUAAAGAAGACAUUACCAGUGAAUGUGAAAUGGUUAUUCUGUGGCUGUGUUUGCUGUUGUUGUACACUUGGAUGCUCUCUUUGGCCGGUCAUAUGUCUAAGUAAAAGGACACAACACUCACUUAACAAGCUUUUGGAAUGGGAGAACAGUCGACUUUACAAUAAACUGGGUUUACGUUGGCGUCUAACAAAACAGCACUGUGACUCUUCUUCCAUGAUGGAAUAUAUGGCGCGCACUAAAGUUAAUAAAAGAAAAAAAGGUAACCACACUGCUGAUAACAUGCUUCAGGCUAUCAGACAUUAUAGGCAAGGAUGGAGUAUCAGAAAAGCAGCUAAAGAGUAUAAUGUAUGCUAUCCAACACUGCAACGUUACAUUAAAAAAAAUGUAAAUGUUAGUACUGCGGAUUUACACAAGCAGCGAUUGACACCCAAUUAUGAUGUCAACAAAAUAUUUACUAAUGAACAAGAAAAAUCACUGACAGAAUAUAUCAAAGAAUGUGCGUUAAAAUUUUAUGGGUUAUCCACUAAAGACGUUCGAAGCCUUGCUUAUCAAAUGGCAACUAUUAAUAAUAUUAAAACUCCUGAUAGUUGGAAUCGUGAAAAAAUGGCAGGCCUUGAAUGGCUUCGGUCAUAUAGAUCAAGGAAUCUGGAUUUAUCCUUGAAAAAACCAGAAUCCUGCAGCCUUGCUCGUGCCACCGCUUUUAACAAAGACACAGUUAAGAUGUUUUUUGAUAACUUAAAGAACGUUAUGGAACGCCACCCAUCUUUUGGAAAUGGCUGUAGAAUCUACAAUUUGGAUGAAACUGCUACUACAACCGUUCAGAAGCCGCUAAAAGUUAUAGCACCUAAAGGGCGCCAGAAUAUUUGUAAAAUAACUAGUGGAGAGAAGGGUACAUUAGUGACAACAUGUGCUAUUGUCUGUGCGUCUGGGCAAGCCUUACCUCCGGCGUUAAUUUUUCCAAGGAAGAACUUAAAGGAUUAUAUGAUGACUGGCGCCCCUAUUGGAUCCCUCGGACUUGCUAAUCCAAGUGGGUGGAUGAACGCAGAGUUGUUUAUUGAAGUAAUGAAGCAUUUUAUAAAACAUACCUCUGCAAGUUCAGAAAAUUCAGCUUUAUUAAUCAUGGACAAUCACGAAUCCCAUUUAAGUAUUGAAGCUUUGGACAUGGCGAAACGUUCUGGAGUGACAAUCCUUACAUUACACCCCCCACACAACAAGUAA